AUGCUCUGCGCCAUUACCGCCUUCGACCUUUCUCGUAAUGAACUGCAGGAGCUAACAAACCUGCAGCCGCUUCGCUCCCUCACUCGCCUCAACGCGAGCUACAACCGCAUCUCCCUUGUCGACGGGCUGCCUCUGCGACUGACGCAGCUGAACCUCGCGCACAACAAACUUGAGCACCUCGACUAUGUCAGUCCGCUCGUACACCUGCGAGAGUUGGAUGUGAGCUUCAAUCGGCUCACGAGUCUCGCCGGCCUGCACCCGCGCCUUCCGCUGGAGGUGCUCCGCGCCGACGACAACCGCAUCGACAGCACAAACGGUUUGAAGGAGCUGCGCACCCUGCGCAUCGCAUCUUUGAGCAAUAACUACGUUGAGGACGUGGAUGAACUGCUGUUUGUGUCCACCACGCCGUCACUGCAGCUGCUAAACUUGGUGGGCAACCCGGUCACCCGCGCACGGCGGUAUCGGCAAGCGCUGGCAGCGCUGCAACCGUCUCUUGUGUCGUUGGAUGGGGCGCCGUUGACGCGCGCCGACGACUACGAAAACGCCGCGCAGACUUCUCGAAUGAGCAACUGCGCCGUCCCCCAGGCUGCAGCCCAAGCGCCUUUGUUGUUGGUGACACCGAAGAUGGCGACGACAGAGCCGCAGCCCACACUCGCUGGAGGCUCGCAAGGCACGGCGAGGGAAGCACCCGCGGCCGUCAAGCCACCGAAGACACACCCCACUGCGAUGAUGACCCUGGGCAGGAUCGGCAACGACUCGUCGCUGCGCCGAGGCCGUUGUGACGGUGCCGCGCAGUCCGUCGCUGCGCACGCGUCCAUCGAUGCCUCCUCGAUUCAUCUUGACGACUCCUUCAACACCCGUCCUCGCGAACAGCCGCAGCGCUUGGUGAAGAGAAGUACGGCAAAUCCCACAACUAAAACCCUUCGUCCGCCGGCGAUGGCGGUAUCGCGUGCUGCCCCGUCAAGUUCCCUAAGUGCUGGUGCAGAGCCCCGUCACGAUCAUUCGGUAGCAGCAGAACCACCACGAUAUCCUUGUGGAUCACCUGUCCGUGCGGAGAAGUGCACUAAGGCGGCGUAUGGCACCACCGAUGAUGAACCACCUGUUGUGGAGGCCUCUUGUCGUAGCUGCCCGGUGCCGGACGCCUCUCUGCGCACUCCAGAGCAGGGCAGUCGGCAAGUCGGGUACGCCUUGCUGCACACCACCCCCGCCACAGGCGGUGCAGCCAAUCGCUUCCGCAGCGGUGGGCGACCCCGUCCCCUCCCCUCGUCUUCCUCGCCUCAGCGCAAUGUUCCACCGCAGCAAGACCUUGAUUCCACCACCGCUCAGCUGCAUGACAGCCUCGUAGCGAAGGAACAGCUAGAGAAGGAGUGUCAGACACUGCGGCGGGCGUGCAAGCGUGUUGAGGGACAGCUGACUGAGGCCCGGCGUGUGAUCUCGCAGCAACUGGCGGAGCUGUCGCAGCUGCGGCUCGAGCGCGACGCCCUGCGGCAGAGCGAGGGGACCAUGCUCGAACGUCUCGAGAAGGAGAAGCGAUCAGGUCGCACGCGCGCUUCGCAUCACAGCGACGAGGUGGCGACACUACAAGCACAGUACGAGCGCAUGAAAACCUUCUACGAAACACAGCUCGCCGACACACGGCGCGAGCUGGCGGCGGAGAGGGCUCGUCUUCUGCGUUGCAGCAACAGUGGCAGCAGCGGCGAGCGGAGAGUGGUGGCUACCGACAGUGACGAGGCGGCCGAGAGGGGGCCAAGGUCGCGCUUCUCUGACGGAGGGCGGUGUGCAGGCGCAGCAGCGGGUAGCGCAAAGGUCGAACUCACUGCGGUUGCCUCUGCGAACCCCUCAGGCUCUCUGUCGCCAGCAUCUCGCCCUACUCCUUCCUCGCCUACUAAGACAGGGGAUCAUGAGCCAGGCGCUGCGGCCCCUUUGACGGACCCCGUAGCACAGCAGCUCAUUUCGUGGCUGUGCGCAAGUCUCACACGUGACCAACACGCAGUGGAGGGCAACGAAAACUUGAACGCUACUGCUGUUGUUAGCGAGCUGCGCCGAUCUCUUCUCUGCGAUCCGUCCGCGUCGACGGCGCUAGCAAAUCAGGACCAUCAGUCGAAGCUGCAGGAGUCAACUGAUGUUGCCAUGGAUGGCGUGGACACGAGAGCCUCGGUCGCGCGGCGCGUUCUUGAGAUGUUCAUCGCACAACACAUCGGUCAGCCGACAGGACCCCCGCAGCAGAUAGUUGAUAACAACGCACGUGCUCAAAGUCCAGCCCCCGCGGUAGUUCUGGUGGACACACCACCGCGACACAAUGUAGACGGUGGUGCUGUGUCGCAAGCGUGUGAGGCUGUAAAGAACACCGAGGCUGGCGAGUCAGCUGUGGCGUGCCUACUCCCACCGCGAUUCCCAUCGCCUCUUCGAAGUUCCUCAGCGCCGCCUGCAGCUAUCAUCUCGGUGAAAGGGGAUGACGACGAUGAUGCCGAUACUGACACGGAGGUAACGGUGAUGAUCUCAGCGCCGGCGUCUCCCCCGCCCUCUCCAUCUUCACGCGAGAAGCGCGUGAACGUCGCGAAGGAGAUGCUGAAAGGGAUGGAGUCACUGUUCGACAGCGGAGCUGCUUGA